UUCACUCUUAGUUCAACUAUAACGGUUUCUUAGCUUCUGGGUUCUCUUCGAAUUUAUAAAGUUCGAUGCUUUCACUGAAGAAAAUGGUGACCAGUAAGUGGGGAUUGUUUGAUUUCAGUGUUCUUCGAGGUUUUGGAGUCAUUAUUGUUCGUGUAGUUUCUGGGUGGAAAUUGUGGGAAAAUGAAGAUUGGAUUCUGCACGGGCUUUUCAAAACCUGGGUUUCUGCUCGUGCAUUCGGAGCUGCCAUCAUUUUUGCCCCUUAAAUCUCGGUUACUGAAUGAGUAUACUCUGUGCAAGUUGUGCAACCAUAAGAAGAAGAUUGGGAUGAGCACUAGACUCCAAUGCGCAAUUGCUGGCAGAAACUUUGCAUCAGAUUCUGUGGAAUCAUCUGUGUCUAGAACGGACAGGUCUCGAUCAGGGCGAAAGGGUGGGGCUUCAUCGUCCUUGUAUAGUCGUCCAAGUUUGUUGGAUAUGAAGAUGGAAAAGGCUGCGAACCGUACUAGGGUUUACGAGUUUUUGCGUGGUAUCGGUAUCGUUCCUGACGAGCUUGAUGGGUUGGAACUUCCUGUGACAGUUGAUGUGAUGAAGGAGCGUGUGGAUUUUCUUCACAAGUUGGGGCUUACGAUCGAAGACAUCAACAAUUACCCGCUUGUUCUUGGUUGUAGUGUAAAGAAAAACAUGAUCCCGGUUCUAGAUUAUCUGGGGAAACUAGGAGUGAGGAAAUCCACAUUUACCGAGUUUCUCAGAAGAUAUCCACAGGUUCUUCAUGCUAGUGUUGUUAUAGACAUUGCUCCCGUGGUUAAGUAUCUCCAAGGAUUGGAUAUUAAACCGAAAGACGUACCUCGUGUUCUCGAGAGGUAUCCAGAAGUUCUCGGGUUUAAGCUUGAAGGCACCAUGAGCACUUCAGUCGCUUAUCUGGUCGGGAUAGGAGUAGCAAGGAGGGAAAUUGGAGGUGUUUUAACUCGAUAUCCCGAGAUUUUGGGGAUGCGAGUAGCUCGAGUAAUUAAGCCCUUUGUGGAGUAUCUCGAGAGCUUGGGUAUUCCAAAACUGGCCGUGGCUAGAUUAAUAGAGAAGCGGCCUCAUAUUCUCGGGUUUGAAUUAGAUGAGGCAGUGAAACCAAAUGUGCAAACCCUGAUAGAUUUCAAUGUCAGAGAAACAUACCUUUCUUCUAUAGUCGCACAGUAUCCAGAAAUUAUAGGACUUGACCUGAAACCUAAGCUCGAGACACAAAGGAAGCUACUUUCUUCGGCCAUUGAUCUAAAUCCUGACGAUUUUGGCCGUGUCAUCGAGAGAAUGCCACAGUUUGUUAGCCUAAGCGAUUCACCCAUGCUAAAGCACAUCGAUUUCCUAAAGGAGUGUGGAUUUUCGGUGGACCAAGUGAGGGUAAUGGUCAUCGGGUGUCCUCAAGUUCUGGCUCUGAACAUCGGAAUAAUGAGGCUUAACUUCGAAUACUUCCGGGUGGAAAUGAAAAGGGCACUUGAAGAUUUGGUAGAGUUUCCUGCUUUCUUUACAUACGGGCUCGAAUCCACCAUAAAGCCGAGGCAGAUAAAGGUUUCCAAGAAGGGAAUCAAAUGUUCGUUGGCCUGGAUGCUCAACUGUUCGGAUGAGAAGUUUGAACAGAGGAUGAGCUAUGACACAGUAGAGAUGGAUGGAUCUGAAACCGAACCAUCUUCUUUCGAUAUGAACUCACUGACGCAACCGCUAAGAGAUGAAUCUGAUUACGAGGAAGAUGAUUCCGAGUUUGAGGACGAGGACGAGUAUGCGUGAUACAAAAGGUGGAAUCGGCUGGGGACAAGACAUAAGACAGGGCAUGUUGCAGGUUUCUGAUAGGUUUUGGACAGGGAAGAAAAAGAUGUGUGUGUGUGUGUGUUUGGUGUGGUAUUGAUUGAUGUUCAGAGGAGAAUUCUGUGUAUUCUUUAGCAGAUGAAUUCAUGAGGCUAUCUUUGUUGUCAAAUGUAUCCAUGUUGCAUUAAAUUGAUAAAAAGGAGACGAAUUAAUUGUUUUUA